ACACACAUAAACCUUAAUUAGCAUUGUUUUUUUUCUUUUUUUUUUUUGUACAGACUUGUUUUUAUUGCCAUAGUUUAGAUUGAUCAGAUGAUAUUAGUUUGCAAGUGUAUAUAAAGUGGAAUUGGAAACAAUUCCUUACAUGCACGUUUUACAAAAGCUAUCCUAGGACGGCGAGGACGAAGUUACAGCUUCAGCACAAAUUAAAGAAAAGCAAAUGCCCAACAGGAUGGCAGCAAAUGAAACAACUUUGGGAAAAUUAACAGCGGAAUCAGUUAAACGAAAAGAACGUCUGCGGCAAUUGAGGGAAAAAGCACAAAAGUCGGAUAAAGAUGAAAACGGCCCAGAAAAAUUACCAAGACCCGUGUUCCGGAGUUAUAAGCCUCAAAAUGAUAUUAUCAACGCUGAAAUUUUGCCGCAGGAACCAACAGGGGAUAUAGAAGUAGCGAUAGAAUCUCAAAUGGAGUUAUUGGAGCAACCUAUGGUUGUUGACGAAAUUGAUAUCACAGACUUAGCCCCACGUAAACCUGAUUGGGAUUUAAAACGCGAUGUUUCUAAGAAACUGAAGCGCUUGGAAAGGCGAACGGAAAAAGCAAUAACGGAACUGAUAAGAGAACGUCUGAAGAAAAAUCAAGACAAGGAAGAUAUAUCUAAAAUUGUUAACGUUGGCGCCGCUCAGGCCGUCACAGCUUUACCUGAAGACGAAUAAAACUUUAUUACAAAGAA